UCCGGAUUAGAUAAAGGUCGACAUUAUAAAGUAGCCUGCGGAUCUGCGUCCCGUUUAUAACUCAGAAAUAUUACCAAGAAUUCACAAAAUGCCGAGAGGAAACAGAAGCCGGUCGUCCAGGAUGGCGCCUCCUGCCAGGGCCCAAUCACCCCCACCCAUGGCCAGGGCUGCACCCCGUCCCUCCUAUGCCCCGGCUCCAAUGCACGCUCCUCCAUCUGCUCUGGCUGCUCCGGCCGCAGCACCCAAGCAGCCCGGCAUGUUUGCCCAAAUGGCGACUACGGCCGCUGGCGUGGCGGUGGGCUCUGCGGUCGGACACACCCUCGGCCACGCUAUGACCGGAGGAGGAUCCUCGGAGCCUGCCCAGCCUGAUGUCACAUACCAGGAGCCGUACCAGCAGCAGCCGCAGUCCAUGUACCAGGAGCAGCCCCCUCAGCAGCAGCAGGGCUGCUCCUAUGAGCUCAAACAGUUCAUCGAGUGCGCCCAAAGCCAGAGCGACUACAAGCUCUGCGAGGGCUUCAGCGAGGUGCUGAAACAGUGCAAGUUCUCUAAUGGUAUGUCAUAAGACGGAGACACACCUGGAGAAUGAAGAGCGCACACAAACUGUAAUGAGCCACCAAGCUGGAUGAAGUGUUAUAACCUCCAAUAAAAUAAAUAAACAUGCUUAAUGUUGACAGCUGACUAUCA